AUGGACUCUAGCAAUGGCACUCUAGAGCUGCUGGGGGUUGGUUUGGCAAUAGUGGCCUGGAUCUGUUCCCUGACCACUAUCCUGAUGCCUUCAUGGAUCACACUGUCUACAGACCUGCUUCCCACUGAGGAAACUAACAUGGGCCUCUGGGUGACCUGUGUGAGCCAGGAAGCGAUGGAUAGGCUGGAGUGCCGGCCCUAUGACAGCAUGUUUGACCUGCCACCAGACAUUAUACUGGCCCGGAUUCUCAUGUCCUUGGUGCUGGGGGUGGGAUUGUUGGGUGUGCUGCUGGCCAUCCCCGGUAUCCGCCUGGUUAAUGGCUGCCACAACCCCCUGGAUGACUUUAGGUGUAAGAGGGUGCUGAAGGCAAUAGGCGGGGCACUGUGCCUGGUAUCAGGGAUCCUGGGCCUUAUCCCGGUCUCUUACGUCGCCCACCUGACGCUUGUGAGAUUCUUCGACGAGACAGUGCCUCAGAUUGUCCCUCGCUGGGAGUUCGGCUAUGCUCUGUUUUGUGGCUGGAUUGCAGGCAUCCUCCACCUGGUGGCAGGAUCGCUGCUGCUGAUUUCCUGUCUUCAUUUGCAGAAGCUGGACAGGCCUGUGCACAUCCCUCUGGGCAUUGUGACACCAGGACCCAAUUUUGAAAGAACCAGGACUGAGUAUGUGUGAGAGUGUCUUCCAACAUUCAUUCUUCUGAUCCCUAGAAGUAGAAGACCCCACCCAUCCAACUAUGAUGAACAGUUCUAAGUAUGUCUGAGAUACUCCAGCAGAAACACUUAAAAGUCCCUAUAUUGAGGUUACCUUACCUAAGUAAAAUAGGCUUUUACUUUUUAACUCCCUAAGUGGCUUCAACAGAAAAAAAGGAGUGAAAAUUUGUUUUCCUGCUUUAAACUGGACUACAGCUAGACACAUGCAUUACUCACCGUAAAUGUGAUAAACAACAAAUGUGUCCAGCUGUGAAUAAGGCCUGUGUUCCUAAGAUUACAUUUUUAUCAAAGAUUUAGAAAUCCAAUUCAUUUGUUAGACACUGCAGACUGUCAGGAUAAAUGAAAAAUGCUCCAAAGUCAGAAUAAGAGCUAGAGGAAGAAAAUAAAACUACUUUAGGUUCCUUAUUUCUCUCAGUGAGGUUCU